UGGUCUGGGAAACUUGUCGAGACCCUUUUUUCACGAGGACAUCAUUUAACACGAUUUGCAGGUAAGUACUUUUGAAAUUAUUGUUGACAUGAACAGAGAUAUAUAUAGAAGAAACACUUUGUUUAAAGAAGAAUCUGCCAUUAUUUGCGGGUACGGUGGGUCAGGAAAGUCCGCAUGACUGAAUGGAGACUCAAGUCAUUCCCUGACUGUUCGGUCGUUUCCUUAAUUUGGCAAGUUAGGUCAGUUACGUACAUCCGAGACCAAGGGAUCAGAUAGAGCACUGAGGUUACACCAUAUUUAAGAUUUCAGUUCAGUUCUGGUUCUUGCUUAUCACAAGUAAAAUGGUUAUAGCUGAAGACCAAAAAAAUUUUAUCCAUGUAAGGAUACAGCUGACUGCAUUUAAGAACCGGAGCAAUGCCUUCGGAUGGCCAUCUAUUUCAACUAAGGCUUGUAAGGAGUUUUUUCAGCGGUACAUGUACGCCGCUGGAGAACAAAGAUACGUUUUUAAUUAUUUCGUGUAUAUAAGAACUAUAACUGCCGCGCAGUUGUUCAGCAUUUUACCCGUGGUUUGAGAGUCCUUCAACGGUAGUCGUGUUGGCAUUUCUUCAAUUAUUCAAAUUAAAAAAUGCAAAUUCGAGAAGAAUGCAUCAACACUAAAAACGAGCUCGCACUGCAUUUGAAAUGAAAACGUUUCACUGAGGCAAUUUUAAAAAAUACAUAUAGUACUCUAAAAAGCUAUAACCUCAAGAUUAAUACCACUUCCAACGUCAAGGCCGAUUUACAUGGUACAAUUUUGGGGCUUGCUUCAUGCGUAAGAUGUAUCAACAAGGCGAAUUAAUGUACCGUAAAACCAAACCUAGGAAACACGAAAACAUGUGAAUGGGGGUGAAACGCACCCCUGAGCUCUUUUUGUUAUAUCUAAAAGGCUUCUUUGACGAAAACAGCGAUUAAACCGAAAUUCGACGAUAGAUUUUCUUUCUAUAAGAUUAUAUUUUAUAAGAAUGUCGAGGCUGAAAUUUGCAAAAUCUUAAGAAUAUGAUAAGAAUAAAAAAAAGGAUGAAAAGUUCACGACGGACGAGGAAAAACAAAAUGAUUCGAGUCAUCAGGGCUUUCUCAUAAGACAGAGUCAGUAAACCGUGUUGGUUUUUUUUAGGGUUGGUUUUCUCUGUCCGAUCUACACCCUUGCGUUUGUUUUAACAGUAAGUUAUAGAAUAUAAGCCAAUUCUUUAUUUUCGAGUCCUCAACUGAGUAAAGUACACUUUGUUUAUGGGAGGACUGCAUGCACUCUUUUUUUAAUAUGAGAAUGUUAUUUUUCCGGCCUAGGCCUAAUAUUCUUAUUUUGUCUGCCGAUCUUAGGCUGAAAAUAUUCUUGUUUUAUUCUUAAAGUAAAGGUGAGGACAUAUACUGUCCAUAAGCAAUACAUGUACCGUUCAUCGAACCGUUAACUGCCAACUAUUCAUCCACAGGGAGCUCACAUAAUCUGUCCACAAUCUGUUUGUGUAACCGAUGUAAUUUUAUACUGUAAUUGUACUGGAUUCACCGUUUGUUUUAUCUGUAGCGGUACAUAUUCGCAAAAUAUGUGCAAGGACCAGUGCUAAAUAAACGUUGUGUUAAAUUACCAACGGUAAAUUUUGCCUCACGGAAGUUGUAUUUUGAGCAGUUUUGAAGGAUUUUAAGUUCGCUGCUUUUCCUCUUAAUAAAUGGACAAGGGUGAAUCAAUUUUUUAAACGGCUCCAGCGCCGGAGCGAGUUCUCCCAGAAAAGCGCAUCACUCCGCUUUCAAACCACGCAGCAGAAAGGGCGAAAGAUUCACGCUUCUUCUCGUACGUUUCGAUCGAAAAUCCAUCCAAAAGGCCCGGAGCUAGCCCUCGAAGAAAAUUAAAAUCCCCCAAUUUUUUGACGGUCAAAAUGCGUACGGCGUACGGCAGUAGUACGAUCUGGUUUGAUAUGAAUUUGAUUCAUAUGUUAUAAUGUGCGUUUGUGCGUUAGAAUUAUCAUAGAAACAUUUUUCAAAAAAGUUGUUUAAACCGUUUAUUUUUCUCUAUCUCUUGUUUUCGGCAACCGCUACUUUAUUCAACUGAAAUAUAUUCAACGUCUGAAACCAUGUCAUGCUAGAGUCGUGUUAGAGUAGUCGUGCUACUGUACGUUGAGUCAGAAUAGCUCUGCAGUAGUACCACCUUUCAAAUGGGCCUAAAAUAGGUAAUUUUGCGCCAUUUUCAUGUUUUUUGUUCUUGUUUUUAGAUUUAUGCACCCGAAAAAUGGCAAAGACAAGUUACAGAAGGGUCAGCAGUACUGCCCAGGUGGAAAAUGUCAGCUUUCUCUCCACGUUUUUAUUCCGAUGGAUGAACGAUGUUCUGAAGUCUGGAAAUGAACGGGCUAUCGAUGAAAAUGAUCUUUUAUCUCUUAACGAAGAAUGCACCGCGUGCUUUUUGAUAGAGCAGCUUCAAUCGAAAUGGACAGAUGAAACAGCUAACAGCAAAAGGCAUGAUAAACAACCAAAACUUUGGAAAAGUGUGUUGAAGAUGCUCACCACCAGGGAAGCAACGAUCCUCUUUGUAACUGUCACAGUGCCUCUAUUUUGUCGCGUUCUCCAACCAUUACUUCUUGGAUAUCUCGUGAAAUCUCUGAUGAUGGCAGAACUACAGCAUCAUUUUCUCCUCUAUGGCUGUGCUUUAGCACUCGGGAUCAAUGAAUUAAUCGGUUCUGUCUGUUGGCACCAAUUUGCCUAUCGCUGUGAGGUCUUUGGUAUCAGAAUUAGCAGCGCCAUUAAAGGAUUAGUUUAUAUGAAGGUAACGAAAGAAAAAAUAUCAGGUGACAAGCAAGGACCAGCCUUAAGGCAUAUUUACAGCACUUAGCCCCGCGCAAAUAGACGCAACAUUUUUGGCCAAUAACUUCCAACAUUGUUGGGUGUUGCAUGUUGCGUCCGUUUGCACGCCCUGUUGCAUGUUGUUGCGUUUUGUUGGAAUUUGUUGCGUUCGUUUGCACGUAGCUUUCUAUUUCCUUCACUUUUACCUCAUUCUUCCUAGUUUGCAUUUUUUUUCUCAGGUUCAUCCUGACAGAUUCUUUUACUAGAGAAUCACUCUUUUCUCUCUGAGAAGCAGAUCACCGAACUCCCUUAAAUGCUAAAUGUUAUCGUCAAGAUUCAACAUGAGCCUUUUUAUCAUUCUGUCAAUCACAAAUGUGACGUCGUCGACGGUUAAUAAGAACCACCCCCUCUAGGGGUUGGGUAGCCUGCGAAAACAUCCGUUUCUCCUCGCUCUUCGCCGCUGGAGACGUUUCGCUUGGAGGAACGUCUGCGACUCAGCGACAGAAAUUCCAUACUGAUGACGCAAAUCAAUGUUUACAUUAUAAAUCCAGUAGUCAUGAGGUUCCAAAUAUAAAUUUGACCAAUUUUAUGUGUCUUCUGGUCCAUUUUGGUGGAGUGUUGUGUUCAUCUGCCAACGAGCUCCAGCAAAACUCAAAUGCUUUCUCAAAAGAAGACUAUAUUCCACAAAUAUUGGCUGUUUUGUUUGAGAUUCUUCGCGUUUAGAUUUAACCUUUGUGGCCUUUUGUCUUUUGUCUGUCAUUCGUAAACAAUAGCUAAAACAAGGUAGCUACUCCGUUGACCAAUAAGCGCUUCUGAUCGGAUUCCGGACAGAUUCUACGUCAUCAGUAUGGAAUUUCUGUCGCUGAGUCGAAGACGUUCCUCCGCGCGAAACGUCCCCAACGGCGAAGAGCGAGGAGAAACGAAUGUUCUCGCAGGCUAGGGGUUGGGGAUUGAUGUGACCACGCCCCACUCUUCGCUUUGUUUAGUUUUAUGUUUUGUUUGCUUGUUUUAAUUUAAGGUCUAAUAAGUAAUCAACAAUCGAUGAUUUGGUUAAUUUUCGAUCUUUGACCAUGUAACCUUCUUUUAUUGCUUCCGCAGAGUAUUUACGAGGAAUACAUGAUUUUUUUUUUUGCAGACUCUUCUGCUAAGCAAGGAUUCAUUGCUGAGGAUUUCAACUGGCCGCGUCAUAGACCUCGUAUCGAACGAUGUUCAGCGACUGGAAGGCGAAACUUUCUGGGCAUUGUUCAAUGCAGCUCCCUUCUUUUUAGAGUUUUUAAUAUUAGCAUUUUUAGCUGUCUAUUUCAUCGGAUGGCAGGUUAUGGUGGGAUUUAUCUUCUUGUGUAUUCUUCUGCCAUGCUUUAGUGGAUUGUCCCAUGGUGGAGCUGUACUGCGCCUGCGAACAGCAUCGGUUUCUGACCGCCGCAUCUCGUUGAUCAACCAGGUUGUGUCUGGGAUCCGCGCCAUCAAAACGAACGCAUGGGAAGAUGAAUAUAGAAAAAAGAUAAAGAACGUACGGAGGUAAGGAAAAUGGCGACCAGGGCUACCACUGAGCUAUUUCUUUCGAUCAAUAUGCCGUCUUUUUCCUGGCAACCUUUUUUUAGUCCUGUUUUGUUUUUUAGCCCGAUUUAAGGUAAUCCAGAUUCAGAAAUCCAAGAAAUUCAUUUUUUUAAAAUCUGGAAUUCAAGCUCCACUGACAACUGAAGGAAUCCAGAAUCCACAAUUGUGUGCCGGAGAAUCCAAGAUUGUUUGGGGUUACCUUGCAUGGGGCGAGUUUUUGUUUCUGCAAUAAAGCCAAUUGCUGCUGUUUAACCUGCAGCCUUCAGUGAUAUCGGUAUGGGUGAAAUGCUGGCUUUCCAUCCUUUGAUCCUGAACACUGUUCUGUCGUACUUUGUAAUUAUAAUCGUCGCAAUUUGUAAUACCUGUGGCACUUUGUGAUAACACUUGUCGCACUUUGUAAUAACAGACCAUAGCACUUUGUAAUGAAAUAAGCCGUAGCACUAUGUAAUAAACUUGAAAUGGAUGGUUGGAGGACAAGUAAACCCACUAAUAACUAUCAUAAUCGACACCACCAACAACAAUAAUUACUAUGAUAAACAUAGUUUAUUGGGCGAAACAAUGGCUUUACACAAAUUUGCUCCUUGCAAAUAUCUCGCAAAUAUGAAAAUACUGAGGAGUAAAUAUAUGGCCAAGAUGGUAAAUUCCAAAGUUUGCAUACCAAAAAACAGGGGUUGUCAAUAUAAAUAACUAGGCAAAUGUGGCAUUUACCGUGUUUGCAAUAUGUUUACUCCUCGGUAUUUGCCGACAAAUUUGCAAUGAGCAAAUUUGUGCAAAUCCAGUUUUUCGUCCCGUGAUGCAUGAGGAUGUUCAUGCCAGUCUCAAACGUAUUAGUUUCUUUUCUAGCCAACGAGUAGGGAUUUUAUAGUCGAAACACAAGCUAAGAAAGAGCAAAGAAACACAAAUAAUUGCCAAGUAGAUGCCUCCCAGCUCCAUGUCAUAGUGUCUACCUAGUUGAGAGAACGGAUAGGUUUUAGGUGUGGCUGCUGGUUAUUGUUGACUUUUUGUGAUUGCUUAAUUAUAAUUUCUUUUUCCUCUCACCUUCAGCUGCAUCCUCGUCCAUUUUUAAAGCCUCAUUUAGCAUCAUUAUUAUAUCAGUAUCAAUGAUAACAGAAGCGGGCUCUAAAACAACAAUCACGAAUAGUAUCGAAACAGGAACUAAUAUCAAUAAGAAAAAAUAAGUGUUUGACAUCUCAUGUCUGUUUUCUUUAAAGCGAUGAAAUCCGUUGGAUCCGUAAGAAAAGUGGCAUUCUGUCGUGCUUUGCUGCUGUGGAAUACAUUUCAACACCAAUGGCGUCCCUGGUGACUGUUAUCACUCUUGUUCUAACUGGGCAGCCCCUAACACCAGUUACCGUCUUCAUGUUACUCUCCUUUAUCAAUCUGCUAAGAAUGAGCGUCAGUAUGGGUUUAUCUAAUUUUUUCCUCCUUUCAUACGAUGCUUACGUCUCACUCAGUAGAAUACAGGACUUCCUUCAUUUGACUAAUCUACCACCAGCAAACGCCACGGAAAAUCAGAGAGAAGAAACUGAAAAAGUGAUUUUUCCUUCCAUCGUAGCAGAACUAACAGAACCAACUAUCUUACGAGUCAGAAACUUAACGAUACACCGACAGCUUGAUCAGAAGGAUGAGUCCGUUUUGCAAGGUAUCAGUUUCACAACUAGAGAGGGAAGUUUAAUAGCUAUAACAGGACCCGUGGGCAGUGGCAAAUCUACUCUUCUGUCAGCAAUUGCUGGGGAAAUAGCAGACAAAAACGGAGCCAUAACCUGCAAAGGAACUGUUGUUUAUGUGCCACAGAUUGCUUGGAUAUUCUCUGGAACUAUUAGAGAAAACAUUUUGUUUGGCGAACAGUACGAAAAAUCCAAGUACGACAGAGUCAUUGAAGCUUGCGCUUUGACCCAAGACAUUCAGGGUUUCCCAGAUUGUGACCAGACAAUUGUUGGAGAGCGUGGUGCGGUUCUAAGUGGAGGCCAGCGGGCAAGAGUAAACUUGGCACGCGCUGUCUACACCGAAGCAGACCUUUACUUGUUAGAUGAUCCCUUAACUGCUGUAGACUUUAAAGUUGGCCAUCACAUCUUUAUUGAAUGCAUCAAAGGCUUACUGGGAGAGAAAACCCGGUUGAUAACUUCCCAUCAAGAAAGGAUCAUGCGCGAAGCCGAUGACGUUAUUGUAUUAUCUAAAGGCCGGAUGGUGGGUAAGGGAAGUUUCACUGAGCUGAAAGAAAAUGGUAUUCUGAAUACAACUGUCGAUUCGCUGUAUGAGCAAGUGAAAGAAUCUGAUAAUGGCAUUGGAAAAGAAAGUGAGCAGGACGAUCAAAUUUCUGACUUGAGAGGUGCAACGGCACCGCAUAACGUCGACGGCCUGCAGCUAUCGGAAGAAGAUCGAGCUAUCGGCGUGGUAUCACCUAAACUUUACUGGAACUACUUCAGAAGCGGAGUACCUUUGCUGGUUAUCAUCGCAGGAAUUUGCUUCUGUUUUAUCACUCAAGGUAACGUGCAGAUUGUUGACUAAUUGACACACACAUCUCCAACGCGGCUUGCAACUUUAAGAACAUAAAACUGCCUGAGUUAUUCAAAUGCAGAACAAUUAUUUUAUGGAUAAAAUGUCCUUAAAUUCUGUUCUAAAAAGUUUAAAAUAAUAUUAGAGGUUUAUCAGAUGACUUUGAAUAGCCAAAAGAUAUCUAUCGCUAUUUUCUAUAUGUGCUGAAAAAAUGAUUAUAGGAGGAAUACCUUCAAUUAGCUUUCACUAUUAUAGGCGGAAUACCUUGAAUUGGCCUUCAUGAUUUUUUAUGGUCAUUAAUGUACCACUCAUAAAACAAGCUCCCCAUUCCCUCUAUUGGCGAAUUACCUGUGAUUUACCGACUGCUGCUUAUACAUUCGUGAUUCACCCUUUUAUGUGAUUAAGAUGAUUUUGUUAAGAGGUUUCUUAUGUUGUUCUUCUCCUGCCUUCUGUUUAGCAAUCUUGGUUUCCUGCGAUGUUUGGCUGUCGUUCUUGACGACAAUGCGUUUGGAGGAUCUGCGAAAUAAGAAAAACCUUAUCAUCUUUGGCUCUCUUGUUGGGGCAUCGUUCAUACUUCUCGUCGUUCGAGCGUUUGGCGUCUAUUUGGCAUUGUUAAGAUGUUCUGAGCGACUCCAUGAUAAAAUGGUUGUGGCUAUUCUACAAGCACCGGUCUUUUUCUUUGAUUCAAAUCCCGUAGGACGAAUCAUGAAUAGGUUCUCUAAAGAUGUAGGCUGCAUGGAUGAACUACUACCCGAAACAUUUUUGAAAUCCAUCCAGCUGAUUUUGGUAAUGUUGACGUCUGUCCUUCUACCAACUGCCGCAAAUCCUUGGAUUCUGCUUGCUAUUGUGCCAAUGACUGUGUUGACCGCUUUCAUUUCAAGAUACUACUUAAGGACAUCCAGGGAGCUACAAAGGCUGGAAUCCAUUUGUCGUAGUCCUGUUUAUUCUCACUUUUCAGAGACGCUUGAUGGACUCGAGACUAUUCGGACAAGGAAAAGGGAGAAAGAUUUCGUGGAUAAGUUUUGCAGGUAACCACUACUAGAAUAAGUUUCAACUAUAAUAGUUAUUUGUUGCCAGAUUCCGGAGACUUUCAUGACUGCCUCUUGCGAAAGAUAAAGCGCCAGAGUAACGCUUGCAGUUUUUUGCCGGUUCGUCUCCUGGGCGGAGAAGUUGCCAAUGUCAGUUUAUAGGAACUCGUUCACAACAAUGUCUUUUUAAAGACCUUAACAUUUUAACAUUUGAAUUUGCAUUUGUUAAUUGCGAAAUGCCAAUUUUGUUUGUUUUUUAGUUAUCAAGAUGUUCAUACCCAGUCGUUUAUCAUGGUAGUUGCCAGUAACCGUUGGCUCGGUGUUCGCUUAGAUUUUCUCUCCGCUCUGUUGAUUGGUGUAGUGGCUCUCGCUGCGAUUUUGGUGUCUCAAGAUGCUGGUAAAUAUAAUUUCAUUUUAUUAAAGCGGAAAACGAAAACACAUGUUUAAAUGGGUGACUUGAUUUCUUACGCUUAAUAAGUUUAAUAGAGAGGACCACUCAUCUUUUACAUGUGCAAGCGGUGCCUGUUAAUGUGCCACUGCUGAAGAUAGAUAUCAUCUGAUGACAACAAUAAGAAAAAUAAAAAUAAGAUUUAUUGCUAGAUAUUGCGCAAACUAAUAACAUAUUAAAACAUGGUCAAAUGCGAAUUACAAUACGUCUGUUGCAUCUAAGCGUGUACACGUGAGGAAAAAACAUGUUCUAACUGGGUACAAACAUGACAUGUUGCGACGUUUUGAGUAGGGGACUGUUGUCGACUUGAUUUGUUUUCGCUCAACAAAAUACUCUUUGCAAGAAUAUUUAGACGAUAAGAAUAAUUUCUGGAGGCAAAUGUGCUGUUUCUGAGCGAGAAAUAAAAAUGCCUGAAAGUUGAGGAAAAUGAAACAUAAGUGGAACGCGCUGAUCAAAAACUUAUAAAGAACUUACCUUAAGCGCGACAAUUUCCUUUAACGGCUGUCAAACUUCAAAUGUUUGGCAGCAAAAGACGUCCUGUCUGGCACCCUAUUAGAACAUGUUUUUUUGUCUCGUGUCCACGCUUAGAUGCAACCGACGGUAAUCCUAUUACCGGGGGGGGGGUACUUGAUAUAUCCUUGGGUGGGGAGGUGUGGCUGGGCCUCUCAUACCCUGACCCUGUUUAAGACAAAAAUCGCUGAUUUUCCCACCCUGUUUAAGACAGAAUUCCAAUUUUUGAUACCCUGUUUAAGACAUUUAACCCGAAACCAUACCCUGUGUAAGACAACAAUGAAUAUCGAAACUCUUUCUAAUUUAAUCCAUUGGCAAUCACAAAACUAUUUAAAAAGAUACCCUAUUUAAGACAAAAAUUGAUAAAAUCGGUACCCUGUUUAAGACAAAAAUCCCGAAAAACAUACCCUGGCUGGCCGCACGUCCCCAUUAAGCCCUUAUAAGGGAGUAACCCCCAGGAUCCUAUUACUAACAAAGCUGAGCAAAAGUAGAUAUAUAUAUGUACAUUAUUGAAUGUACCGAAUAAUUACAUGAAUAAUAUUAAAUAAAUACUGAAUGAAUUGCUCUUUCCUUAUUUACACCAAGUUAGUCAAAUAAACAAUUACAACGAAAAGAAAAUGGAUAUUUUUCACAGACGUCACACCCAAAAUCACUGAGGUCCACUGGAAGCGAGGCAGAAGCUAGAGUAGUUUAGGCCUUAGAGUGGUUGUCAUUUGAGUGUCGAAAAGUAAUUGGUUUUGCACUUUCUACACGAUGCGAUUGGCUUAAAAGAUUCGCGCCACCUUUUCAUCCAAUCAGAAGUAAAACCAAAGCCAAUUGUGACACGCUCGCAUGCAUUUUCCCGCGCUUUGCGUCAGCCACAUGUAAUUACUUCGAGUUUUGAUUGGUUCAAUGUAUUGUCUGUGUCCUAUGUGAUUGGCCAGAGUAAUUACUUUGGUUUUGGUUUUACGACACUCAAACGAAAACCACUCUAUACGAUAACACAGGUAUAUAGAUUUAGCCAAGGCUUAAGGCGAAGCUCCUGUUGAUAAAUUUAUGAUUAACUUAGUUCAGCAAUAAACAAUCGGUCACAGACAAACACAUGUAAACAAUAGAGAUGGCCUUUCCCUCCUGGACGUCGCAUUUAAGUCCGUCGAAUUAAAUAACAAGCGGUUUAGUGAACUUUUAUGAUGUAUUCUAAUACAUUGAGCUCUGCACGGCAGUAGCACGACGUUUGAAACAGACCUUUUGUUUGCUGCACAUGCAGGGUCAGCUUAUGGGCUAUAACAUCACAUCUAAUGAUGAUACGUUUCAUCAAUUUGCGUUUCAGUUUUCGCUGGUCUUGCACUUGUUUACGUAGUGCAGUCUGUAACUCUGACACACUACACUGUCCGGAAAUCAUCCAAGGUCGAAAAUUUAAUGACGUCAGUGGAGCGAGUUAUGACCUACACCGAGGUUGAAUCUGAGCCUGGAUACCAAGUGAAACAGAAUGCCCCGAAAAUGUGGCCUGAUGAAGGAAAUAUAGCAUUCAAAAACGUAUACCUGACUUACUAUCCGGGGGGUCCCCAAAGUCUAAAGGAUAUCACAGUUAGCAUCAAUGGAGGAGCUAAAAUUGGCAUUGUGGGCCGCACUGGCGCAGGGAAAUCUUCUUUUGUGGCAGCACUAUUGCGCAUGCCUGAAGCUGACGGAGAUAUAUUGAUUGAUAAUGUCAGUAUAAGGAGUCUCAGCCUUCAAGAAUCUCGGCGAGCAAUAAACGUUCUUGGCCAAAAUCCUGCUCUUUUUAGCGGAUCGGUAAGAAGAAAUCUUGAUCUGAUUGGACAAUUUCAAGACGCAGAACUUUGGCGAGUUCUAGAGCAGGUGCAAGUGAAAAAUCUUGUAGAGAAAUUGGAAGGUCAGUUAGAUCAUGAAUUGCUGGAGCACGGUGCAAAUUUAAGUGUUGGAGAACGGCAACUUAUUUGCUUGGCUCGCGUUCUGUUGCACCAAAAGAAAAUCGUCAUCUUGGAUGAGCCAACUGCACACGUUGAUCCAGACACAGAACAAACAAUCUGGAAGACAGUGCGUGAGAAGCUGAAGGAUUCCACGAUUAUAACUAUAGCACAUCGUUUAGACACAGUAAGAGACUGUGACAAGAUUUUAGUUUUGAGAAAUGGAGAAGUUGAUGGGUUUGAUAGAUUUGAUAUCAUUAUGAAAGCGAAGAAAGCACUUCGAGUUUAA